AUGCGACGCGGCGUUGUUCUAUUCCUCAUCUUCAACCUGGCGCUGGUCGCUUUCCUCGUACACUCAGUAUGGACCCUUCUCGAGCUACUAGUCGUGAGCGGAAUCGACGACGCAAUCACAAAAGACGAACUGCCGCCUGUUGGCUCUGAACCACAAGAUCGCAGCAAACACUUGAUACCGAAAAUCAUUCACCAAACAUAUAUCAACACGAGCAUCCCGCCUGUAUGGCAAGAGGCGCAAGCAAGCUGUUUGGAGCUGCACAAAGAUCCGGAAUGGGAGUACAAAUUGUGGACCGACAAGAUGUCAGUGGAUUUCAUUGAGGCAGAGUAUCCGGAAUUUCUGGAGACUUUCCAGAACUAUCGGUAUCCGAUUCAGAGAGCGGAUGCGAUUCGGUACUUUGUGCUGGAUUACUAUGGAGGAGUAUACAUUGACUUGGACGAUGGGUGCAAUCGAAGUUUGGAGCCACUCCUGGACUAUCCUGCGUUUGUGAGAAAGACGGUGCCGACUGGAGUCAGCAACGAUGCCAUGGGUGCUGUGCCGCAUCAUCCUUUCUUCCAGCGAGUAAUAGACGAACUCGCGAACUACGACCGGAGUUGGCUCCUGCCUUACAUCACUGUAAUGGCCAGUACAGGGCCUCUGUUUUUGAGUAUCAUCUGGAGGCACUAUAGUGACGACGGAUUCAACGUGGGAGACGGAGCAGACGGGGGACGUAUCAGGAUCCUGUUUCCUGAAGAGUACAACAGCCACCCAUGGAGCUUCUUUACGCACCAUUUGGGCAACAGCUGGCACGGCUAUGAUGUGCAGCUGAUAUUCUGGGUAAGUGCGGCGCAUGUACUGGGUCAUACAAGGUUGCUAACAGGCUAUACAGCUGGCUCGUAAUUGGGUUCUCGUGACCAUUGUGGGCUUCGUCCUCGGGGGCGGCCUCAUCUUCUUCGGCUGGUGGAGCUACCGAAAGUACUUCCUCACACCCUCCGAGGUACCCCGAUGGAAGACCCAAUCUAUCCGACAAAGAAUACCAUUCUGGGCGCGGAGAACACGGCAGGGAGAGUACGAGCUGGUCGACCGGCACGAACCCUAA